GGAGCUGUGGAUUAGGUUGUGCAGGGCGCAGCGGAACGAGCCUUUCUGGCAUAACAGAGCCAGGGGGACUUGGGGCUCGCGGUUACUGGAUCCGGGGCCGCAGCGACAGGCUUGGGUGUGCGAGAUUGGAGUCCGAGCCAGGUCGUCCUGCCCUGCACACCUUUCCUUCCAGAUCUCUUCUCGUGUCUUAGCCCUGGGGUCAAAUUGAUCCGAGUUGAGCACCUCCUGGGGUGGGAAGAGGACGCUUUCCCUGAUGGGUAUGAGGACAAAUUGUCUUGAAGAAGGGUGCAGUCAUCCUCGGAUUUUGUGCACACAGGCUCCCAGCAUGUUUUCAAGCUGCUGCAUCCGAGACUAGAAUCACAAAGUUGACCAUAUGGGAUCCAGCGGCCCUCUUAUAUCUUGACACUCACUUUUAAGGAUGGUGGGAGCUGGCUGGAAAUGCCAAACGGAAUAAAAAUCGUGGAUUCUGUCCUUUUGUAGAGUUUCUAAGUAAAUGGCUCGAAGGGAGCGUUCAGCCCGUUUUGGCCUCGUUCAGUCAAACUAUUACUGCUACUGGCCGAGAGUGAAGCUGGAGUUCCAGCCCAGCCAGGGUCCCUUCUGUGGCGACUGGUACCAACAGCGGCAGGGCUCCUGCCUGCUCUCUGGCUGUAGCAAUGGCGGUGCAGCGGAUGGAGAUGGACACAGCCUUCUUUCUGCACAUGGGCCCCCGGACCCCCCAGCUGGAACGUUGGUUAUGCCUGAGGAAACCACAGCUCUUACUGAAAACCAAGAUGAAGACCCACUAGAAGAUCCAAAUCUUCACUUGAAUAUUGAAGAAUUAAACAAAGAGUUUAUGGCAAAAAGUGAAGAACUCUACAACUCCCUCCUGAGCUGUCACUGGCAGCCUCUGGACACAGUUCACUCUGAAAUCCCAGAUGAGACUCCAAAGUGAAGAAAGGAGUCCAUUAAGCACCCCGGCUCUCUUAUUCAUUGUGAGAUGUUUUCUUUUGGGAAUAAAAAUCAUUCUUC